AUGAAUACUAAUACUGAUGAUUUGAACCUGAUGAUGACAGGAAUUGCAAUACCAGAUGAUGGAGAAGCAGAUGUAUUAAAUGAUGAAACAUUUGGUGAUUGUGAUUUAGAAGCAAUUAAAAUCAAAUCGGAUUUUGGUGAAAAUGGCGAAUUUCUUGGUGAUAAUCCAUCAAGUGGUUUACCAGCUUUUUUUGAUACAGAUGUAUCGGAUCCAGGUGGAAUAUCUCUUGUUGAUGAUGAUGAUCAAUCUCAAUCGAUUGAUGCAUUACUUGGUGAAGAUCCAAUGCGUUUUUCAACAACAUCAAUUAAUCGUCGACCACCACCAGUUAUUCAACAAACAUCAACAAAUCCAUUAUUUAAUAUGGCUAUAUCACAAGCACAAGAAAAUAAUCGGAUGAAUUUCUUUCCUCAACAACAACAACAACAACAACAACAACACCAACAACCGCAGGUGCCGCAACAGCAGCCGCCUCAACAACAACCACCACCGCAACAAGUUCCACGUGUAUCACCAAUGACAUUACCACAACAACAGAUAAAUUAUCAAUUAUUAAAACAAUUUGAGCAAAUGUUAAUCAAUAAACAGGUACCACCACAAGAAAGACUUCUUUAUAUUCAAGCUAUGAUGGAAAAAAUGCAACGUGAUUCAAUCAAUGCUCAACAACAGCAUCAGCAACAACAACAACAAAUACAAUUACAACAGCAACAACAAGCAGCAAGGCUUAUGAAUAUGAAUAUUAAUGGUCCUGAUCGAUAUCGUGACACAAACCCAAGUCGAGUUUUGAAUAAUCCUCUUCUAUAUGCUCAACGACAACAACAACAGCAACAACAGCAGCAGCAGCAACAACAACAACGUGAAGCAUCUAUGCGUUCAAUGGCAAUUGGUGAAAUGUUGGAACGAGCUCGUUUAGCUGCUUCAAAUGCUACAAAUUCCAAUAAUUCACGAUCUCAAUCACCAGGAGUUGGCAAUACAGGAUUGUCAUCACAAUUUAUGGAUGCAAUUCAACGUUCUGACCAAAUCCCAAUCGUUGAUAAUCAUCGAACAGCUGACUCGCCAUCAUCACCAUUAGAUACAGUUGUUAGUCCUUCACGUCAUUCACGACAAAAUCGUCCAGCAAAACAUUAUCCUCGUCCACCUCUUCUUAAUACAUGGCAAGGACGUGGUCCUAAUCAUGAUGAAUUCGCGGGUAUGAUGACUGAUCGAGAAAAACAAUGGGUUGUUAAAAUUCAACUUCAUCAAGUUUCUCAAACACAAGAAGAAGAUUAUUAUUUUCAUAAAUGGUCCCAACAAAAACGUCAUAUGCAACAAGUUCAUGGUAAUCAAGCAAAUCGUCAUGAACAUCGAGGACAAUAUAUCAGUUAUCCUGUAUUACAAUUAUUAAAAUCAAUUCAACAGGAGAAAGACCUUGCACAACGUUUAUCUCAAUCAUCAACUCAAGCAACAUUUAGUAAUGUUAAUCCAGCACAAUCAUUACCAUAUGCAUCACCUAUACAAACACAACUUGGUAAACAAUCGACAGCAACUCCUCGACAUCCAAAAUGUAUUCUUGAUCUCGAUGGUCAAUUUAUAUUAGGCGUCCAAACGAAUGCUAUAACACAUGAUAAAUAUAGCUUAGGUUUAUUAUUAAAUAUUGAGAAUAUUCAUCGAGAUAUUUUACGUCUUGAUGAUGAUGAUGAUUUACCAUCAACACCAAAUAAAACUCCAGUUGAAACAAAUACAUCAGAUGGUUCAACACCGACAACAGCAAUAGCUCCGACACCAUCAUCUUCAUCAACAUCAUCAUCAACAAUACUUGAUUCCAUCAUUGAUCGUUAUUUAAAUCAUCCUGAUUAUUUAUUUGCUGAUAUGUUUGCUCAAUUUAAUAAAGGACAAAUAUUACUUGAACGUCUAUAUCCAUAUUUAAUAACAACAACAUCAGUUACAAAUCAUCUUGAAUUAAUGCUUAUACGUUUAUAUGGUUCAUUAAAUUAUAUGGUACGUCGUUGGUCAACAACAUUUCAUAUUGAACCCAUUGUUAUGAAUAUGAUUAGUCUUAUGCAACAACAAAUUAAUAUAAAAAAGACAACAUUUGAACAAUUAUUAUCUCAAGUUUAUAUUUAUUAUGAUGAAAAAAUCAAAUCUAAACUCACAGAAUUAAAUACAACUGUAUCAUCAAGUCCAUUUUCCGAUCCAGUUUUGUUUACAAAUUCUCAUACAGUGACAAUUUUAAUUGAACUUUUACUUACAUUAGAACGUCGAUGUUAUUUAUUACAAGGUAUAAAUUCUUCAACAUUACCUGUACAAUUAAUGCAACAAUUACAACCACAAUUACAAUAUCAAUUAUCUGAACAUGUUCGUUUACUUGUUAAUGAUUUAUGUCAAUCGAUUGUUGCUUGCUCACCACCAACAUAUACACCAAAAAAAAUGCUUAAACCAUUUGCACAAGUACAACAACAACAAUUUGCUUUACUUUGCAAAUUUCUUCGUAUACAAAUACCACAACAAGUUUAUGCUGCACUUGAGCCAAGACUUAUUUUUUGUUGUAUUAAGGAUAUAUAA